ACUAGAUUUUUGGCAAGUCCACUGCCGAACUAAUCGCACUCGAAAGCGGGAGCGGCAAGCUAGAGAGAAGCGAAUUAGGUGACUAGACGAUUAACUUUCCACCAGAAACAGCAGCACCAACGUCUAUGGAUCUAUCGUCUCCUUCUCCUUCUCCUUCUCUCCCCGCUGUCUGAUUCUUCUCCCCUCAUCGCCGUUUCUGCAUUCGCCGAUCUUGCUGGGUUUUGAUUCUCUCUUUGAUUUCUUCCCUGAAUAUGGCGUGCUGGGUCUGUCAUUGCUGCUUUACGAGCUACUUUCCGCUGUUCAAUUCUCUAACUAUGAACUUCCGUUUCACCAGUUGGUUUGCUCUUUCUCCCUUUGGCUAAUUUACAGUCUUUUGAACUUUCUGCUUGUUGGGUCUCAGCAGGUGAAAGGGGGAUUCACACAUUGCAGAGCUCUGGAGCUUAUAAAGCUAUUGAUUGAUAUUGGGGGUUGUCUGCCGGCUGUGUUCUUGCUGACCUGCUGCUUGGACAGCCUCUAUUUCCCUGGAGUGAGGCUUGUGGAGAUUAUUAAGGAUUUGGGUAUUCCAACAACGGAAGAGAUCAAGUGUAUGAACCCAAAUUACACAGAUUACCAGUUGCCUCAGAUAAAGGAUCACCCGUGGAACAAGUUGUCGUUUUUCUGUUCUUCGCUCUCAGAUUUUCUCCCAUUAUCCAGGAAAAUGGCAGGCAGUCUGAAAUCCGAUAUGUCGCAGAAGACUAUUUUAGGUCUCCAAGUAUGGGAGCUCAUUUGCAUCUGCAUUGCACUCUUCAUCAUCCUCAUCUUAACUGUCUCCAUCUACCUAGUCUCUCGUAAGAAGUCUUCCUCCACCAAAAGAAUCUCGCACCCGAACCAGAACCAGCAGCAGCUUCCGCUCUCUCAAAUCCCGUCCGAGUCCAAGGAGAUCAAGGAAGUCCGAGUGGAGCAAAUCUCAACGGACGAGUUCGUCCCUCGUGAAGGAAUCCUUCUAACAAUCCAUGACAAGUCGAGCGACAAGGAUGCUGAUAAGGUCCUUGUCCAUCUCGGCAUGCCCAAGUCCAAGAAUGGUAACGGCAACGCGAACUCCAAUGGCGAUGGUGACAACAACAGUCAGUCGGGUGGUUCAUUCCAUCAAUAUGACAAAGGCGGCAUUGUUUCCCACUCUGGUGAUCAAGGAGGCAGCUCAGCUGGCGCGGUCUACAGGGCUUCCUCUGUUGCUUCCCAACAUUACCCGAUCACUGCUCCUUCUCCGCUCAGUGGGCUCCCUGAAUUCUCUCACUUGGGUUGGGGUCAUUGGUUUACACUCAGGGAUCUCGAAUUGGCUACCAACCGCUUCUCUAAAGAGAAUGUCCUUGGUGAGGGUGGCUAUGGAGUUGUUUACCGUGGAAAUCUCAUCAAUGGCACUCCCGUUGCUGUCAAGAAGAUUCUCAACAACUUGGGCCAAGCUGAGAAGGAAUUCAGAGUCGAAGUUGACGCGAUUGGGCAUGUCCGCCAUAAGAAUUUGGUUCGUCUUCUUGGGUAUUGCAUAGAAGGCACUCACAGGAUGUUGAUUUAUGAGUACGUGAACAACGGAAACUUGGAACAGUGGCUUCAUGGAGCCAUGUCACACCAUGGAUAUCUUACGUGGGAGGCCAGGAUGAAAGUUCUCCUCGGCACAGCCAAGGCGCUUGCUUAUUUGCACGAGGCCAUUGAGCCAAAAGUGGUGCAUCGUGACAUUAAAUCUGGCAACAUUUUAAUCGAUGAUGACUUCAACGCCAAGGUUUCUGACUUUGGUUUGGCCAAGUUGCUUGGAGCUGGAAAAAGCCAUGUCACUACUCGAGUGAUGGGAACUUUUGGAUAUGUGGCACCUGAAUAUGCCAAUAGUGGCCUUCUGAAUGAAAAGAGCGAUGUUUAUAGUUUUGGGGUUGUGGUCUUGGAAGCAAUCACAGGAAGAGACCCGGUAGACUACAGUCGUCCCUCAAAUGAGGUAAAUCUUGUUGAUUGGCUGAAAAUGAUGGUGGGGAGCAGGAUGUCGGAAGAAGUUGUGGACCCCAAUAUGGAGACGAAACCAUCAACAAGAAAUCUGAAGAGAGCCCUUUUGACGGCUUUGAGAUGCGUGGAUCCCGACUCUGAGAAACGACCAAAGAUGGGGCAAGUUGUAAGAAUGCUGGAGUCCGAGGAAUAUCCUAUUCCAAGAGAGGAUAGAAGACAUCGAAGAGCCCCGGGAGGUAGUAUGGAGACAGAAUCUCAAAAGGAGAAUUCAGACAGCGAUCGCCCAUUAGCACCUGGAGGCGAGAGCAGCAGCAGGAGGUCUUAACUGUCGACUAAAGCAAACACCAACACGAUUACCUCGCACACUUCAUAAAAGCUAUGGAAGAGGAGGGGAAGGGUUGGAAUAACGGGUCACCAAUUAUGUUUAUCUUCUCAUUAUUUGAGAGUCAGUUCUUAGGUUUGAUUGUUGCUAGUAGGGGGUGGCUUGGUUGUGCUUUGGUGGGGGGGUUACGUCAUUGUUGGAUUUGGAUCGGUUCAGAUGGUCAUUGUUAUAGUUUCCUUUGGUUGUACCUCUUGGAGUUUCCUCAGUAGGAAGAUGGUAGGAGUGUGUCCAUGGUGUUUUCACUUUUUCCUUUACAUUUUGUUCAUAUAUUGGAUUGUAAUGGGAAGGGGAAAUGUAAGUGGUAGCAAGCAAGGUGGUAUACGUUGAUAGGAAAGGUAAACUGUGUAUGUGUUGUACAGUGAAGUAGCAUAUAGAACACCUGAAAUUUGUGAGGGAGGGUUGGUGUUUGGUGUUUUUAAUAUUUUGGCCUAUUUGUUUGAAAUCAUUGCCAGUUCUUCUGUUGUUGGUUGCAGUUCAGGAUGGUUGAUGAAGUGAAAAUCUUCUUACAUGCUAAGCAAUAAAUGAUCUUCUGUGACAGUUACAGC